AUGGCUCUCGAUAUCUUCGAUGCCUUACCACAGAAGUGCAAACCGCGAAGAUUGGCCAGUGGGCAGAGAGAAUGGACACCUCUGUCAGCAGUGGCUGUUUCACGACCUUUGCGGCUCGAAGAUGACUCGCCCGAGCAGCAGCAACAACUUAAGGUUGUAUCUUUAGCAACGGGCACGAAGUCUCUUCCUGUAUCCGCUCUGUCAAAGUGCAAGGGCCUGGUUCUUCAUGAUUGCCACGCUGAGAUCUUGGCGUUUCGUGGCUUGAACCAUUGGCUAUUGUGCGAGAUAGAAAGGAUACUCCAGAAUGAAGGUUUUAUAUCGGAGUGGAUUGAGACUGUAGCCUCAAACGGCACAGGAGAGAUUUCGCCACCUUUUCGUCUUUGUAGAGGCGUAGAGAUCGCCCUCUUUUCGACCGAAGCACCAUGCGGCGAUGCUUCGAUGGAACUGCUCAUGGCUUCUGCGCAAGCCUCUGGAGCUGAUGUUCGCCCUUGGCCCACCUCUUCUUCUGCCAGCCACGAUGCUUCGUCCGAAAAUAGUUCUGCGCUGCCACCUGGUCGUGGAUAUUUUUCCAAUCUUGGUGUCUUGCGUCGCAAGCCUGCUCGAGCAGAUGCUGAGGUCAGUAUGAGCAGAAGCUGCACCGACAAAAUUAUGUUAAGACAGUUUGCCAGUCUCUUGCAAUUCCCGGUCGAUUUGUUCGUUCAGCCGAGUAAAGAAGCAUUCUUGAGCAGGCUGGUGCUGUACGAGGACCAGUAUAACGAAUUUGGCUACAAGAGAGCUUUCUCGGCGGAUGGCAGACUGCGAGAUGUGGUGGCUGAGGUGCAGCGAGAGGAUGAAGGAAAUGUGGUUUUCUUUGAGGUUGAACGCCUGACUCCAGAGUUCCGUCGGUUCGAGUUCGAGAAGUCGAUGUCUCUUGAGACAGUAGCGGCAAGGAGUAGAGUUACCAAUAUUUCUACCAUUUGGAUUGCGGACGGGAACGGUCUAGGAGGUCAAGAUACAGUUGAGGUUCUUGUAAAUGGAGUCAAACAGGGCUAUAAGCAAUUCGACCAAAAGGUUGGAAAGGGAAGCGUUCUGUGUCGGUUCAAGAUAGUGCAGAAAGCUCUUGGCAUUGCUGAAGCUCUUAGAGGCAAGGGUAUGGUUCCUGAAUCGACAGGGGAGACAGGGAAGGUUAUGUAUUCGGAACUCAAAGCAACUCCUUCCAGAAGCAGGAAAAAAAUUGUAAAGGACUUUGUUCUUGAUAGGCUUGGAGGCUGGCCAAAGAAGCAAUUUGAGGACGACUUCCAGGUAAGCAGCGACAUGCUGCGCAACACUGAUUGUAGAGGAAGAAAGCCCCUUUCGCAGUUUUAG